GUUGCCAUGGAGAGGAGGCCUGGUUGCAGGAAGUGACUCGGUGCGGCAGAGCCAUGGCCGCCGAGCAAGGGCGCGGGGAACCGGCGGCGACUCCGCACCCGAACUGUGAUUUCAGCCGCUUCCACAACAAACUCUUCACCAUCAGGGCCUCGGAUAGUGAGAACUUCAAAACCGAGGUGAACCUGGUCUUCGAUCAGCUCAUCUCGGAGAAUUAUCUGAACCACUCCAACAUAAACCGCGAGGAUGUGUGUUCCUUACUUGUCCAAGCCUGUCGACUUGUCCAGUUAAACCAGGAACACCUUGUGAGCAAAAUGUGCCAACUAAUCCAUCAUUUGCUCAACCGUUUGCAGGUAACAGUAGAUGAACAGAGCUUGGAGCUACUACUUUCCUACUGCAUCCGAGCCCUGCAGCAAUGCAAGUCUUGGACUCAUGUCGAAAUACUGCAGGCGGUAGCUGCUCUCGUCUAUGGUAAUGGGCCACGGUGCCAGAAGUUCCUUCCAGACCUUCUUGGAAAAAACGGAAUCUUACUGCAGCUUAGUGCACCGGCAGUGUCGGACGUGGACCUGCGGAGGGCAGCUGUGUACUGCAUGGCUAAUCUCUGUCUUAGUGUACCUGGACAGGCUUACCUGGAGGAACAGUACAAAAUAGUAUCUCUGCAGACCUUUCUGACUGUAUUGAGGAACCCAAAGACUCCUGAAGUUGAUGAUGUUACAGUUUGUAAGUUGUUACAAAAUGCACUGAAGGGCAUCAAUUCCAUUCUGAAUGCAGGAAGAAUUAAUCUGACACAAGCUGACCAACUGGGAACUCUCCUGGCAGCUCUAAAGACGUACAUGUUCUAUGGUUUCCCCGGUAUGAACAUUGAAGUUCCUGCAAUUCUAUAUCCAACACCUCUGCCCCAGUAUGAAGGCAGUUCACCCACUAAGGAUCAGACAGGAGAUGCAACAAGCACUUCAAAACAAGUGGGGCAUAAAAAAAAGAAAUCUCGAUCCAAAAACAAGAAGGAACAAUUAGAAGAUCAAAAGGAGGACCCCCACAGUGACAUACCACAGCCAGAACUACUCCAUCAACCAGAGAAUGGGAGACAGAGAGGAGGAAACAUGACAUUUAACCUCCUUCAGGGACCAAAGAACUACCCUGAUAGGAUAGUGCCAGCCUUGGAUGGAAAAGAUGCUUCAAAUUCCUUCUACCCCGCCUGGAAAAAAAUAAAUAGUUCUGACUCUGAGUAUUCAGAUACAGAGGGUGGAAUCCAGAGCAAACUGCGGUCACUUCAGGGAAAAGUGCGCCAGGGAGCUUUAGCCUGCUUCCUUUCAACUAUCAAAUCAAUAGAGAAGAAAGUUCUUUAUGGCUACUGGUCAUCAUUCAUUUCAGAUGCUCCUGGCAUUGGAAGCCCUCAGGCUGUGUCCUUGAUGACUAUUGCUUUAAAAGAUCCAUCACCGAAGGUCCGUGCUGGUGCCCUCCAAGUCUUAUCGGCCAUCUUGGAAGGAUCUAAGCACUUCCUGUCUGUUGCAGAAGACACCAACGAUCAUCGUAGAGCCUUCACACCUUUCUCUGCUACCUUGGCUUCCAGCAUCCGGGAGCUUCACAGAUGUUUGUUGCUUGCCUUAGUGGCAGAGUCCUCACCACAGACGCUAACACAGAUAAUCAAGUGUCUUGCUAAUUUGGUGACCAAUGUGCCCUACAAUCGCCUCAAACCAGGACUUCUUACCCGUGUUUGGAACCAGAUUAAACCCUACAACUGCUUCAGAGAUGUCAAUGUGCGUGUGUGCAGCCUGACUUUGCUCGGGGCUAUCCUAUCUGUUCAGGCUCCUCUUCCUGAGGUGCAGCUACUGUUGCAGCAGCCUAGCUCAUCAGGCCUCUCGAACAGCGGCUCAGGGACACCUCACCGCCUCAGUGAUGCCGAGUCCUGGAGAAAACACCAACAGGCUGGAAACCGUGAAAGAGAAAAGGAGAACCUGGAAAGCCCACAGCUGGAGCUCUGCUGGCUGACCCAGUUGUGCAUUUCCAUCAUUACCUUGCCAAAGCAGGAGCCAUACUCUGACAGUGACACUGGCACAGGAACAGGAAGCAACUGGUACGAAGCUUCUCCAGUACGAGUAGAGGCACUGCAGGUAUUGGCACUGCUUGUCAAAGGAUACUUCACAAUGGCCCAGACGAGCUUGAUGGAGCUGGGUGAAGUAGCUUGCAAAUGCAUGGAAGAACAAGAUCCAUCUAUUCAAUUGCAUGGAGCCCGGCUGGUGGAGGAGAUUGGUUCAGGGAUUGUCCAACAACAUAAACCAGACUCACCUACACCCCAUUAUCAAAGAGUACCAGUUACCCAGGUUGUGACCUUUUGGACCAGGAUGUUGAAUGGUCCUUUGCCAGGGGCGUUACAAAAUGAUGAGCAUUCUACACUCCAGACCAGCACCUGCGAUGCAAUUUCCUCAAUUUUACCAGAAGCUUUCAGCAGUCUGCCAAAUGAAAAGCAGAUCCUGUGCAUUACUCUGCUGCUUGGACUUAAUCACAGUGAGCAUCCCCUGGUCAAGGCAGCUGCUGUGCGUGCGUUGGGCGUUUACAUCCUCUUCCCCUCGCUCCGACAGGAUGUGAUGUUUGUUGCUGACACUGCAAAUGCCAUUCUGACUUCCUUGGAUGACAAGUCCUUAAAUGUUCGUACCAAGGCAGCCUGGUCACUGGCCAAUCUCACUGAUACCUUGAUUGCUAACAUGGAGUCCAUGGGCCUAGACUUCCAGGAGGAGCUCUCAGAUGUUCUGCUGCUUAAGAUGUUGAAAUCAGCAACUCAUGCAUCCCAUGAUAAAGACAAGGUAAAGAGCAAUGCAGUGAGAGCCUUGGGAAACCUGCUGCACUUCCUGCAGCCCCACCACAUUUCCAAGGCCCAGUUCAAGCCAGGCAUCGAAGAAUCAAUCCAAGCCUUAAUCCGCACUGUUCAGAGUGAGGCAACCAUGAAGGUGCGGUGGAAUGCAUGCUACGCACUGGGAAAUAUGUUCAAAAACCCAGCUAUUCCACUCGACUCUGCUCCUUGGGCACCGCAAGCAUUUGGUGCCUUGACUUCAGUGGUAAAAACCUGCAAGAACUUCAAAGUGCGCAUCAAGUCGGCCACAGCGCUUUCAGUCCCAGACACCCGCGAACGCUAUGGUGACACUAACCAGUUCUGUGAGAUCUGGAACGCACUGGUGCUGGCCUUGGAAAAGAGCGAAGAGACCGAGGACUUCCUGGAGUUUAAAUACUGUGCCAGUUUGCGAACUCAGAUCUGUCAGACCCUGCUCCACCUCCUCCGUCUCGUCACUGGCAAAGACCUCCCUUGCAUCCAUAACACUCUAUCGGCAAAAGGCAACUUAAUCCGAACUUUUGUUCAGCGCUUCCUGAUGUCGGGAGUGGAGGCUGAUGAAACAAUGAUUCAGUCAGACCCACAGGAUAGGGUCAGGAUGUUGCAGGAGGCUGUUCAGAAUGUAAACAGUCUUCAGGAGGUGCCUAUUGAUGAGAGGGAGAUGGUUGUCAAAUACUUGGAUGAAAUUUUAAAACAUUGUGUGGAACCAACACAGACACAGACUAGUCUAAAAAAUACCCAGGCAUGAGGAUUGAUUUUUAAGGGCUAUAACCAUCUUCUGCCUAUUUUAAUGCUGGAUGUAAUUUGCAUCCUCAUUUCAACAGCUAUAUCUAUUUAGCUUUAAUUUAAUUUAACUGUGGGACUGGGUGUUAGCAUGGUUUAGGCACUUCCAGUCUCUGAGAUUUUGGGAUUGUGUUGGCUGGUAACUGGAUUGAAAGUCCAAUGUUACCUUGGGCUCUGAGUCUCCCAGAGGAAGUCACUCUUCCCCAGGUUUCAAGGAUGUGGCCCCCACUGAAACUGUCUCAAAAUUGCUGCUGAUCUCAUUGAGAGAGGUGGGUGUGCAAAGUUGAAGGGUGUCUCACCAGUGCAUUUAGUGGGUAACUUCUUAAGUUAUAAACAGAAUAGAGGAGCUUCACUUACUGCCUAACCUGACGUGGGUGUGCUUGGUGUUACAUGGGGUCUCUGAGAUAGAAAGGACAAUGUUCAUCAGCACUAACAGCUCCUUGACAAUUUUGUUUUGAAAGGUGUAGGUGGAGUACAGAAUAAAUUCAAAUGCCUUUGAAGUGCCACAAUGUAUUCAGUGUAGGUGGUUGGCAGUGCUGUGGAAUGGAAUAUUUUCAUUAUCUACCUAAUAGCUAUACUCAUUACUGUUAGGCUAUGGGUCAGUUAGCAUUUCUAUUUAUAUUUGUUUUUAUCACCCUUAUUGGAUCAACACAGCCCUUCUACACCCACUCCUUCAACACCAUAAUUUCAGUGCCACAGUAAGCUGGAGCCAUUGUCUGUUUUGGAGAGUGGUGUGAUGUCACUCAAAACCAUAAAGUUGGAUUAAAGGAACUGAGAAUAAUUUGCUCUCAAGUUACAUGAAAGCACAUUCAUCUUGACCUUCUAAGUUUGUUGCAAGCUUCUAUUCAGAAGCCAAUUUACAGUUUCACUUGUGUUUCUUCCUUUGGAAGGUUGAAGUAAAAUAUCCUGUGCACACAAUGAAGUAGUGCUUCUGGUACAGGGCUCUCAGCAGCUGCACCUUUCCCUCGUUGAUACUGAACCUGCUGAUAGUCACUGAUCCAACUCCAUGGUUGUAGUCCAAUGUCAAUGUUAGGAACCUGAAGUGUAAGACAAAAAAAAGACACAUUUCAGUGACCAAACAGUCCCAAUUUUCGACCCAGGUACAGCUCAGACAGGUUCUUGGGGAUUACAGAGAACAGGAUUGAAACCAGACUGAUUUUUCACAGACGUACUGGUGUUGGUCACAGUUAUACAGCAUGGAAACAGGCCCUUUGGUCCAACCCUUCCAUGCUGACCAAGGUGCUGACCUGAUCUGCUCCAAUUUGUCUGCAUUUGACAGAAACCCUUCUAAAUCUUUCCUAUUCAUAUACUUAUCCAAAUGUCCUUUAAAUGUUGUAAUUGGACCCACCUCUACCACUACCUCUGGCAGCUUGUUCCAUAUGCCCACAUCCUCUGUGUGAAAAUCUUGCCCCUUGGGACCUCUUUAAAUUUCUCCCCUCUCUCCUUAAACCUAUGCCCUCUGGUUUUAGAAUCCCCUAUCCUGGGAAAAUGAGUGUGACUAUCUACACUAUCUCUGCCCCUCAUGAUUUUAUAACCUCUAAGGGCACCCCUCGGCCUUCUUCACUCCAGGGACGUGUGACAGACCAAACAAUCAAUUCGUAAUGCAAACCUGUUUUUAACAAAACACCUGUCUGUCAUGGAGGCAAUGAUUUGUUUUCCUAAUGACACUUACUCUGAAUUGAAAGAAUGUAAAACUUCUGUAAUUUUCUCAAUUUCUAAUUUCAAAACUGCCUGCUGCUGUACAAUUCGAUAUUGCAAAUUCAUUGACGCAAAAAUAUUCCUAGGCAUUUCGCAGAAGUAUUGUCAAGCAAACAAACAUCCUUAAUCCACCGAAAAGCUCUAAAUUGUUCUCGAUGUCAAAAGUUCACUUUGUUUGGUCCAGGCUGUGCACCAUGGAAAGGUCAGGUAAUGGCCUCACCAAGCUGAGCAAAGAUCCUGUGCAUGACACAGUUACAGGUUCUGAAUCUGCUGCCAGUGCUAGUGUCUGAUCAGCCACCAGAUGGACCACUAGAUCUCGUCAUCCUUCCACUUACCCACCCCCAGAUAAAGCAUCUGUUUGUUGUGUUCUGUUUCCCCUGAGGAAUUCUGGAUUCCAAACUGUAUUCAAUCUGCAAACAGUAAUAUAGUAAUUUUAUACAAAUGACCUCCAAGAUCAGCUUCAAUUAUUCUGACCUAAUGCAAUGCAGUCCCACUCCCCCCCACCCCUAUCCUGCUAAACAACAGAAAUGUUGAGAUUAAAAUUUGUUGAAGAAUUUUUGAAAGUUACUGAACAAUUUAUUAAAGCUCUGUGUUCAGUGAGAGAUUGCGCAGAGGUGCAUGAACUAUAGGUUGCAGAAGUCAUGACAAGGAAGGCCCAUUGCACUUGUGCCAACAAGAUUUCCUGGAUACUUCCUUCUUGAGAAUUAAUCUGAAUCCUUUUAAAUAUUAUGAUCUACUUAUCCUGUAUGUGUAAUUUGGGGAGGGAAGGAUGGGUGGAAUCUCUCCAUUUUUCUUCAAGUUAAUGGUGAUUCUGGUCCCAAUUUGUCAAGUAGUGGAAACAACUUUUCACUAUUUGCUUUCUCAAAUUGUUCCGUAAUGGUACUGUACUUGAACUCUCUUUUUGGGGAAAAGGCCCAACCUUUCGUGAAGUCUGAAAGUUUUUCAUUGGACCACAUCAUAGCAGCAGGAAUCCUAAUAUUGACCACAGUACAAAUUAACAUCACCAUUAUUUUAGUGGUUUUCGAAUAACAUGAUUAUUACCUCAUGCACAAUGAUAUCUCUACUUUAGUACUUGCAGCAAGCAUACAUAACUUGGGUAUGGGCAGACCUCUAAUUAUGUACUUAUUCUAUGCAAUUUAUAUGUUACUUGUAAUUUUAAUGAGCUUUGGAAGCUUUUGUCCAAUACUUACCCCUCAAAUAGCACUAGUAAGAUAGAUUACCUGCCAUCCUCAUCAUUUGCAGUUUGUUGAUCCUUUCUGUGUACAAAUUAGAUCACUGUUCUUUUUUGUAUGUUACAACAUUGAACAUAAUUCUAAAAUACCUUGGCUGCAAAGUGCUUUGGAGUAUUCUGAGAAUGCAAAAAGAGCAAUAGAAUGAAAAUCUUUCUUUUUAGCAUUGGUUUAAAGAUUCAGUGAGUUUCACGGCUGUCAAGUAGGGUUACCAAACCAUGAAUGCUCUUUUAAAAAGAGAUUAUAAGCCACCAAAUUUGUUGCAUGGAAAUAUCUAUGGAUUCAAAGCUGCCCAGGCCUUAUUGCAUGCACUUUGAUACUUUGUCCAAAUUCUAUUCUAUGCUUGGCAAUAAUUGCCCUGAUCUACUGGCAGAAUUGUAAUAUAGCUCUACACAGUCUUGGUUGCAUUCUGUUUAUGCUCAUGAUGUAAUGUCUCAGACACUUUUCAGUUUAAUUUUAUAUU